GGGGUGGGGCGCCUAAAGAGGCCGCACCUCGGAGUGAGUGUCUGGCUUCCUGGCGGGAGGGGUGGGGCCGGGCCUACGCGGGCCGCCCGGGCCCGGACCCAGAGAUUCUCGCCAGGUGGGGUUUGCGGGUCCUCGGGGUCAGUGCCCCCACGUGGUUCUCGGCCCCGGCCCCGUGCGAGCUGCUUCCUUGGUGCCGACACCCUGAUUCCCUCCUGGGGCGGCCCUUCUCCCGGGCACCGCCCCCUUCCCGGAAGGAAGGAUUUAUUAAGCGCCUACUGUGUGCCAGGCACUGUGCCAAGCGCCUGGCACAUAUUAUGUCAGCUGGUCCUCACAACAACCCUGGGAGAGAAGGGGCCAAGCUCAGCCCUAAUCAUGGAGUCUGGAGGGAUCUUGAAGGCCUUUCCCAAACGGAAGAAAAUGAGAACUGACUCAGACAGGAGCAGGCUCUUGAAGAUUUCCAAGAAGGAAGAAGUAGAAGAAGGUGGAGAGUGGCUGAGCCCACUGCAAGUCCAUGUGUUACCCGCGGGCAUUGGUCGAGCCCGGGCAGAGAUCUUUGAGAAGCAAAUCCUCCAGCAUGGGGGCCGAAUAUGCUCCCCUCAGGCCCCAGGGAUCACACACAUUGUGGUGGAUGAAGCCGUAGACUGUGAGCGAGUCCUCCGCCUCCUGAAGUUAUCCCGGCUGCCCCUGGGUGUCCAAAUGGUGAAGUCAGCUUGGCUGAGCCAGUGCUUGCAAGAGCAGAAACUGGUGGACACUGCUGGAUUCACCCUCUUCAUCCCUGACAGGUACCUGGACAAGGCAGACAUUCAGGUUGCAUCUUUCCAGCCAGGGCCCUCUGGAACUUCAGCCCAGGCAGGGCUUCCUUCUGCUACUCCCUUUGCUCCACCUCAGGAGUCACACUUAAAACUGAGCACCCAGCCACAGCCUAGCUCUUAUGGUGAAAGCAGUGAUGAGGAGGAAGUACAGGUUACUCCAGCUGACCUGGAAGCCCUGAUUACUGGCCGAUACCCAAGCACCCCUGAGGGAGAUGCUGAGCCCAGCCUCGCCCCCACUGUCAGUGAUAAGUGGGUGUGUGCCCAGCCCUCUAGCCAGAAGAUGACCAACCACAAUCCUCACAUUACAGAGAAGCUGGAAGUGCUGGCCAAAGCCUAUACUGUCCAAGGUGACAGGUGGCGGUCGCUAGGCUAUUCCAAGGCGAUCAGUGCCCUCAAGAGCUACCACAAGCCUGUCACCUCCUACCAGGAAGCCUGUGGUAUCCCAGGGAUUGGGAAGAGAAUGGCAGAGAAGAUCAUGGAGAUUGUGGAAAGCGGGCAUCUUCAGAAACUGGACCAUAUCAGUGAUAGUGUACCUAUCCUGGAGCUCUUCUCUAACAUCUGGGGAGUUGGAAGCAAGACUGCCCAGAUGUGGUACCAGCAGGGCUUCCGGACUCUGGAGGACAUUCAAAGUCGGGCCACCCUGACUGCUCAGCAGGCCAUCGGCCUGAAGCAUUAUGAGGACUUCCUCAAGCGCAUACCCAGGGAAGAGGCUGCAGAGAUUGAGCAGACUGUUCGGGAAGCAGCUCAUACCCUCAACCCUGGGCUUCUCUCCGUGGCGUGUGGCUCAUAUCGCCGGGGUAAGGCAACAUGUGGGGAUGUGGAUGUGCUGGUCACUCACCCAGAUGGAAGAUCUCACCAGGGGAUCUUGAGCCAGCUCCUGGAUACCCUUCGGCAGCAAGGGUUCCUGACAGAUGACCUGGUCAGCCAGGAUGAUAAUGGGCAGCAGCAGAAGUAUCUGGGCGUGUGCCAAUUGCCAGGGCCUGGUCGGUCCCACCGGCGCUUGGACAUCAUUGUGGUACCCUAUAGCGAGUUUGCCUGUGCCUUACUGUAUUUCACUGGCUCUGCCUACUUUAACCGCUCCAUGAGAGCUCUGGCCAAGACAAAGGGCAUGAGCCUGUCAGAGCACGCGCUCAGCGCUGCCGUUAUGCGUGAUGGCCAUGGCGUCAAGGUGGGACCAGGUCGGGCGCUGCCCACCCCCACAGAGAAGGAUGUCUUCAGACUUUUGGGCCUGCCAUACCGUGAGCCCUCCGAGCGGGACUGGUGACCCUUGCCCUCUCACCAGCAUUGCAUAAUUCCCCAAAGUGGGAUUAGAGAUGCGCCCGCCCCCGCCUUUAUAUGGGUCCCUACACAGGGCCUUUUCCCCUACUCACCUUUGGGUUUCUUUUGCUUGGCAAAGAACCAGAGAGUGAUCACCCUUCUCCCUAGUGCUCUGACCAUGAGCCAUUGCUUUUCCCCAGAAGUACAUCCAUUGGCCUUCCCAGAAGCAGGCUGCGUAUGUGUCUCACCGUUGUGCUAGAUUGUGUUGUUAUAUGCUUCACUCCUCCCUUUGCCCCAGUUUAAUAAGCAGCAGGUGGCUGCUGUGCAGUCUGUCCCACUUCCUGUGCCAAGGACCCAGGCAUACCUAGAAGGGUCCCACCUCUCAGCCCGCUUCCACUCAAACACCAGGAAGAUAGGGUGUCUUUUGCCAAGGGGAAUGAUGGUAAUAGCAAGUGGUCAGCUUGCAUUCCCCUUUUCUACUCACUUCCUGUGCUUCUGAAGGGGCAGAGGAAGAGGGUGAUCCAGGGCUGGAGUGCGCACUGUGGUCGAAGGAUGUGAGGGGAGAUGGAGAGAACAGUAAAAUCCAUUUGAUGUUCUGUCCUCUGGUGUCUGUGAUCCCUGCCUCCUGCAACUCCCUCUCUGGGCCUAGCUUGUCUGGGAUGCCAGCAGCAAAGACAGGAACUGAGUUAGCCCAGGUUGACUCAGGAAUUGGAACCCCCAAAGCCAAGAGAUGGAGGAUUUAGGGGGAGUGGGUGGGGCAUGUGUGUAUGUUAGAGCUCCUUAGCCCAUUAAUCAAAAUGCAUUUAUCUGCCCUGCUGUGUACUCAGCCUUUUGCUGGAACUGUGGGGGAGACAAGGAGGAGAAGGUGGGUUCCUUGGCCUUAGGGGGUUCACACAAGAUACAGAAAAUAAAUGCUAAUCAUGUGAUACCAGCUAAGUGCACUGGGAGUUUGGAGGGGGGCAAGAUCGCCACCAUGGGCACUAGUGAUCAGAGAAAGCUCCCUGAAAGAGGGGGAGCUUUGAAGACUGGGAGAGGUGGGGAGAGGGGUGCUGUAGGUGGGGCAACAUCAGGAGAAAAGGCAUCCUUGUGAAUGAGCUGUUUGGGGGAACAUGAGGAACAUUUAAAAGGCCACGCGGAGCCUCAGGAGAUUAGAAACAAUUGAGAUGAUGCAGUAGAAAAUGGGGAGCUAUUAACAUUUUCUAAACAAUGGAAUAACAAGCAAAAUGUUUUAGAAAAAAAGUUGGCUUUGGUGUGCUAGGUG